AUGCGUGACAGCUAUUCAUCAUUGAAGAGCCUUCGCGAUGGUCCCUAUAAGAGGCCUUACAGACAACGCCUUAGUGCUCCUUACUUCAGAUACAGAAGCGACGAUACUCAGCAUUCCCAUCGUUUUACAGCGAUACAUGGGGAUUUGAUAGCAACACAUUGGAAAGAAGACACAACUCUUUACCCUAUACAAAUCUUCUGUUUGGAGGGCGGUAAAGCUUGA